AUGGCAAUGCUGUCAUCAGAUCCUCUUGUGGUUGGGAGAGUUAUUGGAGAUGUUGUUGAUUACUUCUCCCCCAGUGUAAGAAUGACAGUCACAUACAACUCGAACAAGAAGGUGUAUAAUGGGCAUGAGCUAUUUCCUUCCUCAGUAACCAUCAAGCCUAAGGUUGAAGUUCAUGGAGGCGAUUUGAGGAGUUUCUUUACACUGGUUAUGACGGAUCCAGAUGUUCCCGGCCCCAGUGACCCCUACCUGAAGGAACACUUACACUGGAUUGUGACCGACAUCCCAGGCACGACUGAUAACACAUUUGGAAUGGAGGUGGUGAAAUAUGAAAUGCCAAGGCCAAACAUAGGGAUCCACAGGUUUGUGUUUCUUCUGUUCAAGCAGAAAGGCAGGCAGACAGUGAUCCCUCCUGCUUCAAAGGACCACUUCAACACCCGAAAAUUUGCUGAGGCGAAUGACCUUGGCCUUCCUGUGACUGCUGUUUUCUUUAAUGCUCAAAGGGAAACUGCUGCAAGGAGACGAUAA